AUGCAAGCUCGUGCUUCUUGUGGAAGGGGCAUUAUAGCUACUUGCUUAAGAUCCAUUCCUAGCCGCGAUGUCGUCGGACAGAGGGCAAUCAGUGCGUUUGCGUGCCAGCACACCUUUCGAGCCUCUACUCUUCGAAUCGCCGUAUGUUUUGCACGAGGCGCGAAAACGAAGGCCACAGCGAAGUUGAAAGACCUCCCUCAAGGUGCGCUGAAGCUCGAGACGUACAGCGAUGGCGCCGACGAUGUCCCCCGAUACCCUACUGUGGUGCAGGGCCAUAGGAAUAAUAUGGAGAAGUUCAAGAACUGCGUGGUCCUGACCAGGGUAGGAGGUUUCUACGAAUUGUAUUUUGAACAAGCCGAAGAACUAGCUCCUUUGCUUAAUAUCAAACUCGCAUCGAAGAAGACGAACGCAGGACCGGUCCCAAUGGCCGGUUUCCCUUUUUUCCAACUGGAUCGAUUCCUCAAAAUCCUUGUACAGGACCUGAACAGGUAUGUCGCCGUGAGCGAAGAAUUUAUGAAUCCAGUUGAGGAAAAAUCGAAAUCAGGGGGACUAUUGUUCGACAGGAAGGUUACCAGAGUUAUCACGCCGGGAACGCUGAUAGACGAGAAAUUCAUUGACACCUCACAAAACAACUUUUUAUUAUCGCUGUAUAUCGACACACAGUAUUAUGAGGAUCAGCAACAAGGAGGCAGCUCCUCUCCUAUCACACACCUACUGUCUUCCUCUUCAGGGCGCGUCGGGUUGGCUUGGAUGGAUCUGUCGACUGGCGAUUUCUACACCCAGGUUACCACAACGCAAAUGCUUCCGUCAGCAAUUGCCAGGAUCGGCGCUCGGGAAAUAGUUGCCGACCAACGACUACAGAAUCUGAUGGGUCAAGAGCUGCAGAUGUUGGUAGGCAUAGAUCAUCAGCUACUCACCCUCUUCCACGCGCCUACGACCACACAACCCAUGUCCGAAUGGGCACAUAUGCUGGAGGCUUCCGUAAGGCCCGAAAUUGCGUCUACAUUCACAAAUGAAGAGGUGGCUGCUGGAUUCAAUCUUCUAGAGUAUGUCCGUGUUCAACUGCAAGGAGUUGGCAUGAAACUUCAACCACCUCGCCGACGGCAUCUGGAUGAAUCUAUGGGCAUCGACCGUAAUAGUCUCAGAGGUCUAGAGAUAUUGGAGACCGCCCGGGACGGUUUAGGCAAAGGAAGCCUUCUACACGCGGUGCGUAGAACGGCUACUAAGAGUGGAGCUCGACUCCUUCGAGAUCGAUUGACUUCUCCUUCAACUUCCUUGUCUGUUAUCCAAGAACGCCUUGAUCUUGUCACCUACUUCCUCCAGGAUGAAGAGACAAGAGAAACUAUUGUGUCCCUCCUGAAAAGAAGCUAUGACUCUCAACGCCUCGUGCAGAAAUUCACGUUAGGUAGAGGAGACCCGGAUGACCUGAUAUGUUUAUCCAGGGCUAUCGAAGCCUCUCGGGAAGUGUACAGGGUUCUUUCUGAUCGACGGAAUAAUUCCACAUGUAGAAUUGACGCGACUCGUCAAAGCUUAGAAGCUCUCAUUCGCAGACUACGUUUGGACGGUCCGGUACAGCUCGCUGAGAAGAUUCUUGCCGCGAUUGAUGAAGAGGGUCUGUUGCAAAAGCAUCGGAUCGAAGAUAGCCAAGCGGCUGAGGUUGCCGGACUCGCGCAAGAUAUCGUUCUCAGCGAAGCUCUACCAGAAGAAGCUGAGUCUAUGCCUCGAAAAAUCCGUUUCAAGACUACAGGACGACCCGGUAUCGCAGUUGAGUCAGACCGCGGCGAUAUAGAUACAUGGAUUAUGCGACGUAAUGCUAGCGAUGCUCUACGACGGUUGCACGAACGGCUUGACGAACUCAAAGAAGAGAAACAAGCUCUUACAACACGACUACAAGAGCAAGUCGGAUCUUCCAUGCUGACACUAAAAUGGACUCCGGGUCUAGGAUACAUUUGUCAUGUCAAAGGGGCCAAGAUCUCCCAACAAGCGCUCGAAGAUCUCGGAGUUACGCGCAACGUUUCAUCCACAAAAUCCACACGCUCAUUCUACCUGCCAGCAUGGUCACAGUUGGGUGCACGAUUAGACCAGUCGAAAGUACACAUCCGUGCUGAGGAGCAACGUAUUUUUGAAGACCUCCGCCGAGACGUCAUUCUUAAUCUAGUCAAGAUCCGGCGCAACGCCGCUGUAAUGGACGAAUUAGACGUCGCUUGUUCCUUCACCAUGCUAGCAAAAGAGCAGAACAUGGUACGGCCGAUACUGAACACUACCACGUCACAUCAUAUUGUUGGGGGCAGGCAUCCAACUGUCAAACUUGGGCUUGAAGAACAAGGACGACGCUUCGUCAGCAACGACUGUUUUAUUGGCGAUGAGGAGCGAAUUUGGCUAAUAACUGGUCCGAAUAUGGGAGGAAAAAGCACGUUCUUGCGUCAGAAUGCGUUGAUUACAAUUUUGGCACAGGUUGGAUCCUUUGUCCCUGCUGAGUAUGCUGAGAUCGGUAUUGUCGACCAAAUAUUCAGCAGAGUCGGUGCAGCAGAUGAUCUUUUCAGAGAUCAGUCAACCUUCAUGGUAGAGAUGCUUGAAACUGCUGCAAUCUUGAAACAAGCAACCCCUCGGUCCUUUGUCAUCAUGGACGAAGUUGGAAGAGGAACCACUCCUGAAGACGGUACAGCUGUUGGAUAUGCAUGUCUCGAGCAUUUGUACAAUGUGAACCAAUGCCGAACGCUAUUCGCAACGCAUUUCCAUAUCCUGGUAGACAUGACUGCCAGCUUUGAGAAACUUGGUGCUUAUUGCACAGAUAUCAAGGAGAAUCCUUCUGGCUCAUUUUCAUUUGUACACAAACUACGCAAAGGCGUCAAUCGACAGUCUCAUGCUUUGAAGGUAGCUCGCCUGGCUGGCCUUCCAGAGUCUGCGAUUACGGUGGCGGAGAGGGUGCUUUGCCAGAUGGGCGCAUCUAACCCUACUAGCCAGGCAGAUUGGUCGAAGCACAGGGAUGAGUCAAAAGCUGCUAGCAGCGGGUGA